UGGUCUGUUGUUGCGCUGUGGCCAAUUAGAGGCGCCCUAUGAAAUUAAUAGCUCCAUAAUAUCAAUUAAAUUGAAUUGGCAUUAGGCAUGUACAAGUGCCUGACAGGAGGCCAGUGCGCAUGACUCGCAUGCGGUUCUCAUAGAAAUCUGUUCGUUGGAGCAAAAGUUUUCAGUCUUGCGUUUCACUCAGAACAAGUUAGAGCACCAUUGUUAGAGUGUGUCUCAUAGAGGAGUUAUCGACCCUACUUACAGAAAGUUUCAACACCCGAACCCGUGGCAAGAAAUUUGGACAUAAGCAGUUUUGAGACAACCACACCCAUGACACUAAGCACUUUUAGGGACUACCGCCGAAAAAAUAUGGAGCAGAACGCGGACUACGAAGACAGAGGCAAAAUGUCUCCGCUGGACUUCUCAAAACCGACAGAAAGUGUGGAAAAUGACACAAGCAAUAAUCGGACGACAGCGACACAAAAUCACGAAAAUAGUGAAAGUUGUAACCAGUGUGAAGAGCAUUUAUCGGACUUCAAAGAUUCGAAUUCAAAUUCUAACUCCGGACAUUCUGUAAAUACGGAUAGAAUUUCCCCACCGCCGUCGCCAGAAGUACAACAAGACGAACAAAAUAGACAAAAAAUCACAUCUUUUUCUGUGGUUGAUAUUUUGGACCCUGGGAAGUUUACUGGGAGCACACUGGUUGAACGAUGUGGCAGUUCAGUGUGGCAUCCUUGGAUGGAUACGGGGGACAGAGAGGAUGACGAGAUGUCAUGUAGCAUGGAGUCUGACAGUGCAAAAGAAGAUGACGACGACGACGAAAGCCCACUUAUGGUCGACCAGAAAACGAAUGAACUGAUCGAAAAAGCUGCGGCCGAAGUUACGAGUAAGGACAAUAAUGGCGAUUCGGAAAAAUCGAAGAAAAAAUCAAAACAGGCCGCGUCAGAAGCAAGCAAGGCGGGAAAACCGAGGCGGGCCAGGACUGCUUUUACGUACGAACAAUUAGUGGCGCUGGAGAAUAAAUUCAAAACCACGCGAUACUUGAGCGUGUGCGAGAGACUCAAUUUGGCGCUGAGUUUGAACCUCACGGAAACUCAGGUGAAAAUCUGGUUUCAGAAUCGCCGGACGAAAUGGAAGAAACAGAACCCCGGAUUAGACGUAAACAGCCCAACUCUGACGUCCUCGCCGUUGUCCAGCGUGAGUUACGGUGCUGGUUACCCAUCUAGCUUACUCUACGGACAAGCGUUAAAUCCCUACCUGCACGCAACCACACCAGUGGGGGCUUUCGGACUUUACAGACCGCCAAAAUCGCUGAAUGGACACUCGCAGAUAUAUUUUCCAUAUUUGAACCAUGCUGUGUAGCGUCUGGUUAGCAUAAGAAAGCAAUACUUUAAAUUCUACAUGUCAUUGAUGUAAACUUCGAGAUGCAAAUACACAUGUUUUUUGGGAUGAUUUUGACUCAGUUCGGAUUCGCCAGCCAUGGAAUCAGUUAUAAGUCCAAAAUGCCCUGUACUAAUGCAGUUGAUCAGGGUGACCGUAAUCAUAAGAACAAUUGUGGUACAGACCCCAUCCAAGCAUCUGAAUUUCUCUAUAUAUUUCAUGUUCUUAUGACAAUAAUGAGGAUGAUGGGCGUUAACGGCGUAUCAGCGUUAACAUACCGGGACAUAUGUUUUUUAAUCUAUCGCAAAAUCGAUUUCUUUAUACCUCAUCGUGUACAGAGAAGAAGGUCGAGGAAUCCUGGUUAGAUAGAGAGGUUUCGCGACUUUACGAAAAAAGAAAUACAGCUAGCGACACGAUUCGUCAACUUCCAUUAGUGGUUUGCAGAAAUCUCUGACUUUACCACUCGACUUUUAAAUCGAUCUUUCGCUCGUUCUUCACUGUUUGAAUUCGUACGAACUUCGUAAUUCUUCGUUCGCAAUACGUAUUUCGUUGUUCGAACAGUUGCGAAACAUCUCUAGUAUCAUAAACAGUUCGAUCUCGAAUGAAUGCAUUUGUGUUGUACAUAUUAUUAUUUAACAACGAUCGGUGUCUUUUUGAUUUGAGAGACUUCCUCAUGACGAUUCAUUAGGGUAAGGAGAGUAAACAUUUGAUGAAUGUGUUGCAAAAUGCAAUAAUAUUUGCGAGUAAAACAUGUCUUGAAACAUUCAUAAUCAUUGAACUACAUUGUACUCAGUAUCCGAUAUUGAAGAUACAUGUAUAUGAUAAGCAUUCUACACGUUUCAAUUCAGUGAUGCAGAAGGGCGCGUAUCGUAGCAAAUAUCAUUGUGCUCAACACACUGGCAAAUGUAUACUCUGAUUACUUAUAGAGAAUGAUGUAAAUAUUAAAUGAUUGCAUUUAUGAUUAAUAAAUUAAAGUGUGUUAUUUUUGAAA